UCAAAUCGUUCGAUGAUUCGCAUUUCUCAUUUGGUCCAGUGAAGUGCAUUGCGGAGGGGAAACUCGCGUUUGAGUUCCGCUCGACACUUUCCCUUUCGACGCGGUGCUAAGCGUCCAAGAGAAGAUCGCAUGAGAGUGGAAAGUUGCGUUGCAUCGAAAGGAUGCCAGGCAUCCGAGGUCUUUUGUUCGUCUUCUGGUGCCUCGAUAUCCUCGCGAUCUGUGCCACGGACAACACGACCUACACCCCGAGGACCCUGUCGAGGCGCAAAAGGUACUUGAUUUUUCCGGAAGGCAGCAACGUGCAGUUGGUGUUUUGCUUAACAGUAGGAACCUACGCGAAAGAGAACGAUGUGGUGAUGGGGUUAACUGCAGCUCUAGCCUGGGAGUUGCCGGACAAAGUCGACGAGAAGGUUGCGCAGUUGCUUCAUAGAAAGAGCAGAAGCGUCAUGUUCCCGAAGAUAGAGGCUUUACUGCAAUCCACUGGCCUGGAUGGAAGAGCUUGCGUGCUGAAAGCUCUGUGCGAGGCCGCCCAGAGGAACCCUUCGGAUCUUGGGAAAGGGAGCCUGGUUCAAGAGCUAUUGCACGCCAUCUUCACGUUGCCUAGGGACGGCGGGCGUUUCGAACGAUCGGAAGAUCAAGCUUACGAGCAAGCGCACCAGAGCGGACAGGAUUGCGGCCAUCUUUAUCCGACUUGCCGUCACUCCAUUUACGAGCUCGAGUUCUGAGGCCAAAGUAACCAGGAAUUGAACGCAUUCGUAUGCGUGUGCAAACGUUGACCGCGUUUCACGGGUGGACUUUUCCUGGCUGCUCGCCCGUUCCACACUGAUUUUUCAACCUGAACCACACCACCACAUAAUCUUCCGUUCUCGACGCAACUUAGUCCGCAUGAUUGUGCAACCAACUUGCGUAGAUCUUUUGUCUUGCCUGCAAUUUUGUGUCCAGUGCGAAGGACAGUCUUCUCGGACAAACAGGAUGCUCUCGGAUAUGAUUGG